AUGGCACAGACCGCUACCAUCUCGCACGCUCCUGCCAGUGAGUCGAACAAUCCAAACUACACCAAGUGUGGACUAGCUAACGACAACUCUUGGGCCCACUUGAAUCCAGUGAAAGUCGGAGGCAGGCGCCUCUCGAUCUCCGCGAAGCCCAAGCCACAUUCGCAUGUAGAGACUACCAACACAGACACCUCCAAGGUAGAUGAAGCAGCUCCUGAUUAUCCAAGGCCUGCACCUCCAACUGGCGGAGAUGCACCACUCCACCACAACUACCAACACAACGAGGAAGAAAUUCCAAAGAAAGAGAAAAUCGAGAAGAAGUUGCAGGAACUUGCCCAUAGGAAGGUCGAAAUGACUCGGCCUACACGAGAAGCUAACAUCAGCAAGAGUCAUGGAAUGGGGAUGCGAAUCUCCCAGCCUGCAGGUAAAUCCCUCGGUGUUUGA